GAAUUUUCCAAGCACACCGUGAAACAUUACAAUCAUUCUAAGCUUUUCUACGGUGUGUGCUUGUCUGAUAAUCGUAACCAAACAAAUAUUUCAACGUGGGACCUGAAACAGAGCGUUGAGGCCCGUCUCAACGAAUCGUUUUGGUCCGAGCAUCGCUUGAGAACAAAAAUCACCGAUAUAUCGUGUUCCAAUGAGAAGGAAGAUCAUAAGUUGGAUACCAGUGACGCAAUUGUUGGCAUCGCGUGUCUUAUUUUAAUUCUACUGAACGUCGUUGCAAGUUUUUGUGAUUUAUACUUCGGUGAUGAAAAUAAUAAAAGCCCGGAAUGGUACCACUAUUUUUCAAUACGAUGCAACUGGCGUAGGCUGAUGGAGCCAUUUGACGAGACCAACCCGCGGCUUCGUCCACUGAAAUGUUUGAACGGUUUAAGGUAA